UUUGGAAGGAAAGGGCAGAUAGGAAACGCAGCUCUGAUUGAGAGCGGAGCUCCAUUAUAUUGUCAACGACAGGAACGAUGGGGAAGAAGACUCGAGGCGGCACGGGCAGGAGAACCAUAUUACAGCUCUCUCCGCCUGGACCGAACCGCAUUGCUACGGGAGCAGCAAGAGAGGACGGAGCUGGUUCUGGGUCAGAAGACGAACGUGAAGGUAACGCUGAUGGACAGGGAAUCCCGAGAGAAGUAAAUAUAGUUAUGAAGAUUCCAGCUGUGAAGGCCACACAGGGCCUGUCCUUGCUGGGCGCAUAUGAAGAUAGUGAAGAAGAAGAUGCAGUGGAGAACCAAGCGACCACCAUAAAAGCUAAACUCAAUCAGUCAGGAGAUAUUGACAGCACCCUAGCCAAUUUUAUGGCGGAAAUUGAUGCCAUUACCACACAACCCACCCAAACAAAUGAAUCGGAGACUGGGGCUAUUGACCCAGCACCAACUCCUCCUCGCCCAGUUCCUAAAAUAGACCAGCAGACUGCUCAGAACGGGCCGACACAAGAGUUUCAGUACAACACCCAGUAUUCCCUUGUUGGAUCUGGUUUGGAGAUGGGUGACUGGCAGGAGGUGUGGGAUGAAAAUACAGGCUGUUACUAUUACUGGAACACUCAGACCAACGAAGUGGCCUGGGAGCUUCCGCAUUACCUGGCUGACCAGAUGCAGAGUCUUCAGUACACAGAGAGCUCAUCGGUAAACGGCAAUGGUGUUGAACAUCACAGCACCGUUUGUACAGAACAGCAGUCUGCAAUAGCGGCCCCCGUGGCCCCUAUAUUAAAAAGGGAAAUCAAAAAGAAGGAAGUCAUAGAGAGUGUUGUUGCCUUGACCAGCGAUGAAGAAGAAAGGAGAGGGGUGGCAGCUACUCUCCUCGCUCCUCUCAUCCCAGAGGAGGUGAAGGAGGCAGAGGAGAAAUGGAGAAAGAAGGUGCUAGCCGUGGAUGAGACCAUGGAUGCCCAGGAUGUGGAGGGUGAAGAGACGCCAUCUAUGAACUCUCCGGCUCUUCGAGACACUGAUAGCCAAAGUAACCAGCGCAGCAGGAACCAGUCUGCCGAAUCUUCAGACCGGGAGGAGGAAGCUGAAGAGGACACCAUGGAACUGGAACUAGCAUUAGAGAGGAAAAAAGCUGAGCUUCGUGCCCUGGAGGAAGGUGAUGGCAGUGGUGGGGGUUCAAGCCCCUGUUCUGAAGCCAGUCAGGAUGGGCCUCAAAAUUUGCUUUCGAAAAAGAACAAAUGGAAGACUUCUUUCCUCCGUGCGCCAAGUCCUGACUCGGGCAGCCGGGGCUCAGAGAAAGCAGGAUGGGCCACACCUGAGCAAUCAGACAAUGCACAUUCCAAAACAGCUGAAAAGCAGCCAGAGGAAGAAGAAAAGGAGAAGGUCGUUUGCAGAGCUCUUCAAAAGGAGGAAGAGGAUCUUAAGUUUCAGAUCGGAGAGCUCGCCAACACACUUACCAGCAAAAUGGAGUUUUUAGGAAUCGACAAAAAAACUAUCUCAAACUUUCAGCUGCUGCUGCUGCAAACGGAGACGCGGAUCGCAGACUGGCGAGAGGGCGCUCUGAAUGGAAACUACCUCCGCCGCAGGCUACAGGAAGCCGCAGAGCACAUAAAACAUUACGAACUUAACGCCACUCCUAAAGGCUGGUCCUGCCACUGGGACAGAGACCACAGGCGGUACUUCUAUGUGAAUGACCGGUCCGGUGCCUCCCAGUGGGAGUUUCCAGUUAGGGAAGAAGAAGAAUCCAAACCACCUUUGCCCCCCACAGCUGUUUCUGGAGGCCCCAGCCAACUGUGUGCAGACACAACGGGCGGUAUUGCAGGAGCUUCCUUGGGGGAUAUGACAUCUCUUUGGUCAGUUCCCCAACCGCCACAACCACCACUCCCUCCGCUUCCUCCAGAGGUCCCGCCCCCUCCACCAACAGAACAACCCCCACCACCCCCUCCACCACCUGAGUCUCCUCCUCCACCCCCUCCACCACCCCUCAGCGAUGAUGGGGAGAUCGAGGAAGUGGAGAUGGAGGAUGAGGAGUCAGAACCACCAGCGCCUGGGACAGAAGAAUUUAAGGCGGCCGAAGCGGCAGCAUUUUUGGCUAGAGGUCAGAAACGUAAAGCCACAAGCUCAAGCACACUCCCUAAAGCAGUAACCAUUGGAAGCAGCGCUAUUCUCUACACUCACCCCACUGCCACAGCUGUUCCAGUUCUAGUUGGAAAUGCUUACUGGGGCAUGACUGCUGCAGUUGCACCUCCUCUACCUACAGAGAGCAUAACUCCACCAAUGCCUGUCAUACCUGUCCAACCACCCCCUCCUACACCUCAACUCCCAAGCACCCUGGAACCAGGCAAAGUGCCAACAGACAAAGUAAAGAGGCCGAAGAAAGAUAAGACAAAGAAGAGCAAGACGAAAAUGCCGUCCCUGGUGAAAAAGUGGCAGAGCAUUCAGAAGGAGCUAGAUGAAGAAGAGAAGUCGAGCUCCAGCGAUGAAGAUCGAGAGCAGAUGAAUAGCCGACGUAUCGAAGAAUGGAAACAUCAACAGUUCACGACGGGGAAGGCCCACAACAAUGCUAACUUUGAAGCACUGCCCGAUGACUGGAGAGAUAGACUGCUAAAGAAGAGAAAGAUGAUGCCAAGUUAAUACAUCUCUGUUGGAAACACUAAACAUGAGCCUCCAUCAGGGUGUACUGAAUUGUAUUUUGCCGUUUUGUUCAGGUUACAAAGCUUCAGUAUGGACUGAACAAAUGUGAAUGUCUCCUUUUUAUAUGCACACGUUGGCUUGUCAGAGCCUAAAAUGUGUCUGGUUAAUUAAAAUGCAUCAUCUUGUAAAUAGAGGUAUACCUUAGGUUAUUGGUCAUUGUAUAAUGACUACAUUACCAGCCUUGUUUUUUUAUAAAAAAUAUUGAACCUGAAUCUAGUCCCCAUAUGUACAGAAUUUUUCUGUUUUUGGGUCAUUCCCACCAUGAAACAUGUUGCAUGGUUUGUCUAUAAAAUAAAAUGGAAAUAAUGAUUGAA